GUCUGUAACCAAUUUAUAUGUUGUGGUUAUAGUGCGCACGCGCAUUUUACCUUGCUUGAUGCUAAAUGACCUAUAGAGAUAAAUGACGUUUCCUAGCCAAGUAUGCAAUCUUCAAGUUUUCCAAAAAGAUAUCUGCAUACCACACUAGCCUUUAUGAAAAAGAUCCCACAUAACCUGAAAGGCAAAACUACCUCUGACCAAAACUGGCUAGUGCGGCAACUAAAUGACCCAUAUGUAAAGGCAUCUCGCGUCCACAAUUACCGAUGUAGAAGUGCCUUCAAGCUUUUGGAAAUCGUUGACAAAUACCGCCUUUUGAAACCGGGAGACAAUGUAAUAGAUUGUGGGGCAGCGCCGGGUGCUUGGAGUCAGAUCGCAGUACAGAGGGUUAAUUCAACUGGAGCAAAUGCAGAGCUGCCCCGUGGUACAGUGAUCGGGAUUGACCUUCUGAACAUAGCGCCUCUAGAUGGCGCGCACUUCCUUUCCAGUCACGACAUAACUGACCCCUUCACACACGCCAGGCUGCAAGACCUUCUGCCCAACGCCAAGGCUGAUGUCAUUCUCAGUGACAUGGCACCCAAUGCCAGUGGAUGUAAAGAUAUGGAUAAAGAGAAGCUCAUCACCAUGUGUUUGACACUGAUUGACCUAAGUGAGAAGAUCCUCAAACCUGGCGGCUCCCUGGUUUGCAAAUAUUGGGACGGCUUCCUGGCUCAUACGCUUCAGAAUAGACUCUCUGCUGUGUUUGGGUGUGUCCGAUCUCUAAAGCCAAAGGCAAGCAGGAAGGAAUCAGCUGAGAAGUAUUUCCUUGGGCAAAUGUACAAAAGAAUAAAGUAAUGAGUUUUGCAUA